AUGGCGGACGACGACAGCGGGAGCCCCCGGGGCGGCGGCGGGGUCAGGGAGCAGGACCGCUUCCUCCCCAUCGCCAACAUCAGCCGCAUCAUGAAGAAGGCCGUGCCGGCCAACGGCAAGAUCGCCAAGGACGCCAAGGAGACCCUCCAGGAGUGCGUCUCCGAGUUCAUCUCCUUCGUCACCAGCGAGGCCAGCGACAAGUGCCAGAAGGAGAAGCGCAAGACCAUCAACGGGGACGAUCUGCUCUGGGCCAUGGCCACGCUCGGAUUCGAGGAGUACGUAGACCCCCUCAAGAUCUACCUGCAAAAAUGGUUCAGCAUGGAGGUUACGCCCAAGGGAUGGGUUAUAUGCAACCCCAGUACCAUAAUGGGGACACCUGAAACUGAAGAUCAGGCAAUUUUCGGCAAUGGGUAUUGCUCCAUGAGUGGUUUGUAG